AUGGGUCAGACCUUGUCCGAGCCGGUCGUAGAGAAGACCUCAGACAGCGGUGGCGAUGAGCGCUUGAUAUUUGGUGUAUCGUCUAUGCAAGGAUGGCGUAUCAGUAUGGAGGAUGCACAUGCGGCGGUGCUUGAUUUACAAACUGCUGCUGAGGAUGGUGCGGCUGCGAAGCCCACGACUGGUAUUGACAAAAGACUGUCGUUCUUCGGAGUUUAUGAUGGACAUGGAGGUGACCGGGUCGCCCAGUUCGCUGGGGAGCAUAUACACCAGAUCAUUGCAAAGCAGGAGGCUUUCAAGAAGGGGGAUAUCGAGCAGGCAUUAAAGGAUGGAUUUCUCGCUACGGAUCGCGCAAUUCUCAAUGACCCACGGUACGAGGAAGAAGUUUCCGGCUGCACCGCAUCUGUUGGUAUUCUCUCCGCAACAAAGAUCUAUGUGGGCAAUGCUGGUGACUCCCGAACCGUUUUGGGAGUGAAGGGGCGUGCCAAGCCGCUCUCAUUCGAUCACAAACCCCAGAAUGAAGGCGAGAAGGCACGUAUUACUGCUGCUGGAGGAUUCGUAGACUUCGGGCGUGUGAACGGAAACCUCGCUUUGUCAAGAGCUAUUGGCGAUUUUGAAUUCAAGAAGAGUGCCGAGCUUGCCCCUGAGCAGCAGAUUGUUACCGCAUUUCCAGACGUCACUGUUCACGAUAUUUCUGACGACGACGAGUUUCUAGUUGUUGCAUGUGAUGGUAUCUGGGAUUGCCAGUCUUCGCAAGCAGUUGUCGAAUUUGUUAGACGCGGAAUUGCCGCCAAGCAAGACCUUACGAAGAUCUGUGAAAACAUGAUGGACAACUGCUUGGCUUCAAAUUCCGAGACGGGCGGAGUUGGUUGCGACAACAUGACUAUAGUCAUUAUUGGUCUGUUGCGCGGCAAAACCCAGGACGAGUGGUACGAAGAAAUUGCAAAGCGAGUUGCGAAUGGAGAUGGCCCAUGUGCUCCUCCAGAGCUAAUGAUUAAAACAGCUGAGUUCAGAGGCCCAGGUGUCCACCAUAACUUCGAUGACAGUGAUAGCGGGUACGAUGUUGACAUGGACCAAAAAUCGAAGACUUUCGGUGGUAACCAACGCGGCCGUAUUAUUCUUCUUGGUGAUGGAACUGAAGUCCUCACAGAUUCCGAUGACACCGAGAUGUUUGACCACCAAGACGAAGAUAAAGACCUUGACAGCCAAGUCCAUAAAGGCACAAUCAGCGGCCGAGAGACCGACUCCAAGCCAUCCACCGAUGCAGAAAAGAAAGAGGGUACAUAUAUCAAAGAUGACUCUGCUGCGAACAGCUUUCUUACCAGUUCUAUAGGCUCGAAAGAAAUCACGGCGGAGAAAGCUGAGGUCAAGGGCCAGUAG